UCGGUCUACGUUGACUGCUACGUCCCGCCAACGACAGGCUUGCUACCAACACCUUUCACCUCUCCGCUGCAAGACAAUGCCCGAACAACAAAAGAUCACCGUUUUUGGCGCCGGUGGUGACAACAUAGGGCGCUUCAUUCUUGACGCUCUUGUUGCCGAUCCGGCGUUCGAAGUCGCCGUACUCUCCCGUAGAAGCUCCAAGUCACAAUAUCCGUCUUCUGUCAAGGACCUUCGCGUAUCUGAUGAUCUACCUCACGCAGAGCUGGUCGAUCUACUGAAAGGCCAACACGCUGUUAUUUCUGCCGUGGGAUAUGCAGGUGGCGCACUGGACGUCCAAUACAAGGUCAUUGACGCUGCAAUCGAGGCCGGAGUCGCACGCUUCUUCCCAAGCGAACACGCGUUCGAUUACGCAGACCCACUCACCACCUGGCUGUCUCCUGUCUUUGCAAGCAAGACUAGGGUUGCGGAGUAUCUUGAGGAGAAGGCGAAAGAACAUCCCCAAUUUAGCUGGACAGGCGUGGCUUGCGGUGUAUGGCUUGAGUGGGCAUUGGAAACCAACUUUCUUGACAUCGAUCCGACCGACCACACAGUAUCAUACUGGGAUGGCGGCAAUCAUGCACCUACAUUGACAACGCUACCCUAUGCCGCGCAUGCGGUUUUGGAAUGCCUGAAGCAUCCAAAGCAAACCGCAAAUCUGCGCGUGUACGUUGAAGCUUUCUCUGCAACGCAACAAGAGAUUGUUGCCGAGCUUGAAGCGCAGCAGGGUGUCAAGUACAAAGUUCUAGAUCCUGUCAAUGGAAGCGAGGCCGUUGCUGAGGCUCACAAGCGUUUGGAUCAGACCGAAAACCAGGACAGGCAGGCGGCAUUACGAACAAUUGUUGCUGAAGUCUGGGUCGCCAAGUAUGGAGCAAAUUUCAUCGCGAGAG